AUGAACAACUCUAUGAAACAAAAGUUGCGUAGACAGAUAGACGACGCUUGGCCCGGGAGUACAGAACAGAAACCAGAUCCAGCAGGCCAUCGCAGAGCCAGAGAUCGAAAUACAGGCCAGAAGCCAGAUCCAGAAAGCCAUUGCAGAGCCAGAGAUCGAAAUACAGGCCAGAAGCCAGAUCCAGAAAGCCAUUGCAGAGCCAGAGAUCGAAAUACAGGCCAGAAGCCAGAUUCAGAAAGCCAUUGCAGAGCCAGAGAUCGAAAUACAGAACAGAAACCAGAUCCAGAAAGCCAUCGCAGAGCCAGAGAUAGAAAUACAAGCCAGAAGCCAGAUCCAGAAAGCCAUUGCAGAGCCAGAGAUCGAAAUACAGGCCAGAAACCAGAUCCAGAAAGCCAUCGCAGAGCCAGAGAUCGAAAUACAGGCCAGAAGCCAGAUCCAGAAAGCCAUUGCAGAGCCAGAGAUCGAAAUACAGGCCAGAAGCCAGAUCCAGAAAGCCAUUGCAGAGCCAUAGAUCGAAAUACAGGCCAGAAGCCAGAUCCAGAAAGCCAUUGCAGAGCCAGAGAUCGAAAUACAGGCCAGAAGCCAGAUCCAGAAAGCCAUUGCAGAGCCAGAGAUCGAAAUACAGGCCAGAAGCCAGAUCCAGAAAGCCAUUGCAGAGCCAGAGAUCGAACUACAGAACCAGAAGCCAGAUCCAGAAAGCCAUAG